CCAAUGCUGCCUUGCCGGGAUCUCGAAUCCGGUAUGAGCCAGAGGGCGCCCGGACAUGCACGCAGCUCUGGCGGCUGUGUGCUCUGUCGCACUUCUCGACGAGACGGGUGCUGUUCUCGGCGAGACCGAGGCAUUCGCGCUGGGCUUGGUUCGCGGCUCUCGCUCUCGUUUUUUCCUCGCUCCGAUUCCUGCUUGAUCCCAGAUCGCCCAGCCCUGCCCAUCUGCCCAGCCGACGAUCUCGAUCCCACAGGCCCCGUCAAGCGCCUGCCGCACCAACAUCCGUCCGUUCCUUCCUCGCUGCCCUUCAGGACCGCCAUGACCGACCAUCAGGAAGAGCAAACCAACGAGCUCGAGGCCCUCCGGUCCAUCUUCUACGAAGAAUUCGAGGAGAUCGACGAAGGCCCUCCGGCCCACUUCCGACUGCUCGUCGCUCCCGACGACUCGGCCCUGCCGCUGGUGGUGGAGGGCUCGGCCCGUGAUACCCGAUUCUACCUCGACAUCACCUACACCGAAACCUAUCCCGACGAACUACCUCUCCUGUCGAUCGAAGACCCGACCGAGCUCAGCGAAGACGAGUGCGCGAUGCUCCUGGGCAAGGUGACCGAGGUGGCGGAGCAGUACCGGGGCAUGGCCAUGGUCUUCACGAUGCAUUCGACGGCCAAGGAAGCCCUCGAGGUCUACGUCGUCGAGCGAGCCGAGCGAAUCCAGCGAGAGAUCGAGGAGCGCAUCCGACGCGAGGAGGAGGAGGAAGCUGCCCGGUACGAAGGCAAGAAGGUCACUCCCCAGGUCUUUGAGCAGUGGAACGCCAAGUUCCUGAAGGAGAUGGCCGAACUGGCUGCCAAGGAGGCCCAAGAAAAGGGCAUCAACAACCAAAAAAAGUCUGCCCGGACGGGCCGCCAGCUCUUCGAGAAGGACAAGAACCUGGCCAAGUCCGAUCUGGCCGUCUUGCAGGAGGGCGACAUCACGGCCGAUAUCACCGAGGAGCUGCUGCAGAAGGAAAUGGAGGGUCUGGACGUCGAAGAGGACGAAGAAGAAAACUCUGUCCUGGCUGGAUUCAGAGAAGACGACGACUAAGUCGCUGCUCAGACCGCUUGUAGGCUCUGGAGUCGCUGGUGUGCUCUCCCUAGCAACCGGAGGCUCUUACCCGCCGUCUCACCCCUGCUUCUGCGGGACUGAGAUAUCACCCCCCCUCCUUUCCAUCCCGCUCAUCGCUUUCCUGUAUCCCCUGCAUACUGUUCUGUCAGCUGUUCCGACUGGCAGCCGACGGUUGUCGCGAUCCAAGCAUUUGCCCGGAAGCCCAGAUACAUGAUAUCAAUA